AUGUCGUUCGCGCUGGAGGAGACGCUCGAGUCGGACUGGGUGGCGGUGCGGCCGCAUGUGUUCGAGGAGCGCGAGAAGCACAAGUUCGUCUUCAUCGUGGCGUGGAACGAGAUCGAGGGCAAGUUCGCCAUCACCUGCCACAACCGGACGGCGCAGCGCCAGCGCAGCGGCUCAAGGGAGCCCGCGGCCGGCGCCGCCAACGCCGAGCAGCAGCAGCCCGACGCGACGCGCCGUCGGGACCCGGGCAGCCCCGCGGCGGCGGGGACCAAGGGCCGGAGCCCCGGGCCGCGGCCGAGGAGCCCGAGAGGCGGGAUCGGGCCCCGCAAAGGCGCCGACAGCCCGGCGCCCCGCAGCCCGCUGCGGGCCCAGCGCAGCCCGGGGCGCCGAGGCGCGGAGGGCAGAGAGGCGGCGGCCGGCCCGGCUGUGUCGUCGGCGCGCGUCGUGAGCGCCUGCGGGGCCGUGUCGGAGGAGAUCGAGGUGCUGGAGUUGGGGCGCGACGACGCCCCGCCCCCCGCCGAGCCCGAGCCCGAGCCGGCCGCCGACGAGUGCAGCUGGGCCGGCCUCUUCUCCUUCCAGGACCUGCGCGCCGUGCACCAGCAGCUGUGCUCGGUCAACUCGCAGCUGGAGCCCUGCCUGCCCGUGUUCCCCGAGGAGCCGUCGGGCAUGUGGAGCGUGCUGUUCGGGGGCGCCCCCGAGAUGAGCGAGCGCGAGGUGGACGCGCUGUGCUACCAGCUGCAGGUCUACCUGGGCCACGGCCUGGACACCUGCGGCUGGAAGAUCCUCUCGCAGGUGCUCUUCACCGAGCCCGACGACCCCGAGGAGUACUACGAGAGCCUCAGCGAGCUGCGCCAGAAGGGCUACGAGGAGGUCCUGCAGCGGGCCCGGAAGCGCAUCCAGGAGCUCUUAGAUAAGCACAAGAACACAGAGAGCAUGGUUGAGCUGCUGGACUUGUAUCAGAUGGAGGAUGAAGCCUACAGCAGUCUUGCAGAAGCCACUACUGAACUCUAUCAGUAUUUACUACAGCCCUUCCGAGACAUGAGAGAACUUGCUAUGCUUAGAAGACAGCAAAUCAAGAUUUCCAUGGAGAAUGAUUAUCUGGGUCCCAGAAGAAUUGAAAGUCUUCAAAAAGAAGAUGCCGAUUGGCAGCGGAAAGCUCACAUGGCUGUGCUAUCUAUUCAAGACCUUACUGUCAAAUAUUUUGAAAUAACAGCUAAAGCACAAAAAGCUGUGUAUGAUCGAAUGCGAGCAGAUCAGAAGAAAUUUGGUAAAGCAUCAUGGGCAGCAGCAGCUGAACGUAUGGAAAAACUCCAGUAUGCUGUUUCUAAGGAAACUCUACAGAUGAUGAGAGCCAAAGAGAUCUGUUUGGAGCAGAAGAAGCAUGCACUAAAAGAGGAGAUGCAGAGUUUGCAGGGUGGUACAGAAGCCAUUGCCCGAUUGGAUCAGUUAGAAGCUGAUUAUUAUGAUCUGCAACUUCAGUUGUAUGAAGUACAGUUUGAAAUCUUGAAGUGUGAGGAGUUACUGUUGACAGCACAACUGGAAAGUAUCAAAAGACUGAUAACAGAAAAGAGAGAUGAAGUAGUGUACUAUGACACUUAUGAAAGCAUGGAGGCCAUGCUUGAGAAGGAAGAGAUGGCAGCAUCUAUGCAUUUACAGAGAGAAGAACUACAGACACUUCAACAGAAAGCUCGCCAGCUGGAAGCAAGACGUGGACGGGUUUCAGCCAAGAAAGCCUACCUCAGAAAUAAAAAGGAAAUUUGUAUUGCAAAACACAAAGAAAAAUUCCAGCAGCGCCUUCGGAGUGAAGAUGAAUACAAAGCCCAUCAUACAGUACAACUAAAGAGAGAAAAAUUACAUGAUGAAGAAGAAAGGAAAAGUGCCUGGGUUAGCCAAGAAAGACAGAGAACACUGGAUAGACUGCGAACUUUUAAACAGAGAUACCCUGGCCAAGUCAUCCUUAAAUCAACCAGAUUGCGCCUGGCUCAUGCAAGGAGAAGAAGCACAGCCAGUCCUGUGCCCUGUGAGGAUCAGUGUGACUCUCUACCAGGAGCAUUACAAGUAGAAGAGCAUAGUGGUGAGGUCGAGGAAGGAAAAGGCAAGCUUGGGUCAUCACAGACAGCAGACACCCAGAACCUUGCACAACUUGAGGAUUCUUCAUUAGCACAACUUGAAGCUACUUCAUUACCUUGGGUGAUGUUACCAUCUGAAUUGCCUUCCACUGUACCUCUUCCACUUUUAAAUGAUACUGAUCUUGAACCAGCUUCUUUGACCAUAGAUUCCCUCUCACCACCUCCUCCUCCAAUACCACCUCCGCCACCACCUCCCCCACCUCCCCCGCCACCACCACCUCUACCUGUUGUUAAGGACAGUAUCCCAGAGACACUGGAGAAAGGUCUACCGAGGGUGGAGGGCAAUGAGAAGAGGAUUCCCAAGUCUGCAAGUGCUCCCUCAGCACACCUCUUUGAUAGUAGCCAGCUGGUCAGUGCCAGGAAGAAGCUCAAAAAGACUGCUGAAGGUUUGCAGAGAAGGAGAGUGAGUUCACCAAUGGAUGAGGUGCUAGCUUCUUUGAAGCGUGGUAGGUUUCAUCUGAAAAAGGUUGAACAGCGAACUCUGCCUUUUCCUGAUGAAGAUGACAGUAACAAUAUCUUGGCACAAAUAAGGAAAGGGGUCAAAUGAAGAAAGUACAGAAGGAAGUGUUUGAGAGAAUCCUUCACACUUCUGCCUGAUUCAGACCCUUUAACUCGGAGCAUCCUUGUAGCUCUUAGAAGAAUCAAAAGAAGCAUCCCCCCGAAUCAGAAGAUGAAGAGGAGGCACUCGCCUUGCACAGACUGGGAAGAACUAAUAAGACCCCAGAGAUGGUUUCUUGCUGCUCUGGGGGGAGCACAGAGAGGAAAUUUACUAAAUGACAAAGCCAGCCUCUGUCUUUAUCAGCCCACCCCUAAAGCCAGCAGUGAAGUUAGUUCUGCAGCCCUCGUGUGA